UCUCCAUUUCAGAAUGUGACCAAGGCGGAUGUUGACAAGCCUUUUAAGCUAAAUGGGCUAUUCCUGACCCCGGAUGCGUCGGCUUAUCUGCUCCAUAUCAUACAGCGCGUCGAUCCUACGAAACGGCAGAAAGUUUUAAGACGCCUGAUUGAAACUAUCCUGAAGCAAAAAAUCGACGACACACGUAUCACCAAGGUGUUGUGUGAGCAAGCUGUGAAUGAAUGUAAAGCCGAUCGGAACGUGGACAACCCUAUCCUUUUUGUGAUAGACGCAUUCGAGGUUCCCCGUUUUCAUUACUCCAAGAGUUUGAAAAAGUUCAUUCCCCUGGAUAAUUCGGAUUUCGAUGGCCAGUGGAAUUCUCUGUUUCCUGCCUCAUCGCAAGUCAAGUCUUUUUUGUAUGCCAAUCGCUACGAGGUCAUCUAUCAACGCGUCUUGCGACAUCAGUUAUUUUCUCAAACCGCUGCACACGGUCAUGUGGGUGCGAAUGAGUCUGUCAACUAUCGAAUUCGACCAAUCGAAUAUUUGUUGGCCUCUGGAUCGCGUAUUGAAUCAGCCAUUGUACUUGGGAUGCUAUGUCAACUACGGGAAGGUAUUUGGCAUCUAGAGGACCCUACUGGUAUUGUCCGUCUCGAUCUGAAAGAAGCUGUUUUUCACGAGGGCUUGUUUCCCGAAGGGUGUGUAGUCCUGGUUGAGGGCGCCUAUGAAGACCAGAUACUACACGUGAUGGGAAUGGGAUUGCCUCCUUGUGAAAUGAGUGACGCCUCACGUCGUGCGUUUUCCGUGAGCAAUCCUUUUGGAGGUGGAUUGGCAGGAGCUUUAGCCGCUCCGCAAGACCCUAAGAUGCAUCGUCUUCUCAUGACCACACAGGCAGGUGCGGAUGCCAUGCUUGUUUUACUCGGUGAGACCCGACUAGACCAAGGAGAUUGCCUUGAAAGAUUGUCCACCUUAUUUACCGGUUACAGCGCUUGUCCUCCGGUGGCGUUCGUACUUACCGGGAAUUUCCUCAGUCCAGAUUCGAACGGUCGGAGUUGUGGGGAACGUCUAUCGUGCCUGCGCUCCUUGCUGCGCCAACUCCUGUCCACCUACAAAAAUGCCUUUCCAGAUGUAGAUAGCCUGGGUCCCAGUCAAUCUCCUCAUCUGAUUCUGAUUCCUGGGCCCGACGACCCAGCCUGUGCGCCGUCCCAUUUGCUUCCUAAACGUGGCUUCCCCGCUGAACUAAUUGGAGAAUUCUCGAGACGCCGAGCAGAUAUGGCGGUCGAAUGCCCUCCAUGGCUUCACUUGGCCUCCAACCCGUGUCGAAUUCGGUUAUACACCCGGGAGGUGGUAAUCUUUCGUGCGGACUACACACGCCUGCUUGUAAGACAUUGUAUUCAUCUCCCCACUUUUACGGGUCCCCAAGAAGAAAACACGGACACAACAGGAUCGCAGGAAACGCAGCUACCUAAAUCGUUACAAUCGCCGAACAAAAUUGACGACCUACCGGCCGAUACAGCAAUUGUCAGACCAAGCACUCCAGCGGCUCGCCUAGGUGUCGGUCUCGCUCGAUGUUUGGCCAGUCAAGCUCACCUGCUACCCCUAAUGGGUCACAUUGCUCCAGUCUAUUGGUCGUGGGAUCAGGCAUUGAGCCUGAACCCCCUGCCAAACCUAGUCGUGGCGGUCGAGCCUCAGGCACUGGCAGAUCUAAAUGCAUCUACGGCGAACCCCAUACAGACUGGAAACUGUCGAUUCAUCAAUCCCGGACAGUUUGGACAAGCAGUGGCAGCUGCAGACGGCAGUGGAUUGCGAACAGAAUACUCUUUCAAAGUAUAUUAUGCACAAACUGGUGUAGUGGAGAACAGUUGUUUACCGGUUUGAGGCUCAUUCCAUGUUUCGUCACGCUCAUUAUUCAACAACAGAUUGUACUAUUUUUCUCUAUGAUUAUAAACCUAUUUUCCGCUUCCUUCGAAGUUUAUGAAGAGGCCUUAAAGCUGUGCUGUGAUGGGUAAUGCAACCUACAGAAAAAACGUUCACUUUCAGUUUCGC